UUUUCUCACAGUUCAUAUACCAUUCACACACUCAAAUUCCUUGUUUGGUUGCUGGGAAAAUGUUCGGUCAAUUCAACCACCCUGACAGUGCUUAAGCAAAUGGUUGGUUGGUUGACGAAACCAACAAAGAAUAUCAAGAUCCUCUGUGUUUUCUUUCUCUUUCUUUGCCUUUCUCGGCCACCAAACAUAGUCUUGGUGACUAAUCUCUCUCUCUUGAUCUGAUAAUCAAGUAACCGUUCUCGUUACUAGUAAUUUCAGUUGAUUUUUCGCCGGUUAGUCUUGGAGACUAAUCUCUCUUUCUUGAUCUGAUAAUCAAGUAACCGUUCUCGUUACUAGUAAUUUCAGUUGAUUUUUCGCCGGGGAAAUAGGGAUCAAAGGAGUUUUAUCCUCCAGUUAAUCUGGGCAAUGGGUCUUGAGUUUCAAUCAUUAUGCCACGCGGAAUCCAGGAGAGUUGUAUGGCUGAUGGGGAUGAUGUUUGCCAUUGCUCUAGUAAUGCAGUAUUUUGAACUCCCAUAUGGUAGUUCUAUAUCGGCUAUAUUUUCUGCAGGCAGGCCUCAAGUAGUGGCUACAGGCACAUUCUCAGCUGGAGAUCCAUCUGCUAACCCCAAAUUGGUAGGUAACAAGACAUCUCUUAAUGGUUUGAACUCCACUGAUGUAAAUACUGAUCAUAAUAAUAUUAAUAUAACCAAGACCCCCAAAGGAAAGGACAUAGGACUCAAGAAUGAUUCUGUAUCGGAAAAGAAUGAAGGCUCGGGUGAUUCUCUUCAAUUAGAUGGGGAUACUGACCCUGAAGAUGAAUCUCCAUCUGAGGAUUUUAUAUAUCUUAGUCAUAAUUCAACAACAAAUAAGACAAUUACUGAUAAUGCCUUGGCACCGGAGAAGUCUAGAGAAUCUUCAUACAGCUUUUCCCCAAAUAAUGCUGCCAUCAAUAAUAAUUCUUCAUUAGGCAGUGUUCCGGAAGAAAGUCCUGUUUUCACAGUAGAGAAAAAUGGAAGUUUAGAUGCCUAUCCUGCUAACCCCCUUUCAGUUGCAUUCGCACCAAUGAUUUCAUUGCCCAAGUUAAACACUUCAGCAAAUGCAAAUACAAAAUCGCAAAGUCCCAUGAUAUCUGUUUAUCCCAAUACAUCUUCAGUGGAUAAAGACUCACGCAAUGCACUUUCCAAUGAUGAAAAAUCUGAGGAAUUGCAAAGGGAUGCUAAUAUGUCAGAAAAUAGUUCUUCUAAGACUAAUGUUCCAGCAGAGAAGGCAACAGCAGCAGUGGUGUCAAUAUCUGAGAUGAAUGAUUUGUUGCUUCGGGGUCAUACUUCAUCAUUUUCAAUGAAACCACAGUGGUCUUCAAGAGUUGACCAAGAUUUACUGAAUGCAAAAUUACAGAUUGAGAAUGCACCUAUCGUAGAAAAUGAUCCUUGGCUUUAUGCUCCUCUCUAUCGAAAUGUUUCCAUGUUUAAAAGGAGCUAUGAGUUAAUGGAACAGAUGCUCAAGGUUUACAUUUACAAGGAGGGACAGAGACCCAUUUUCCAUCAGCCAGUGCUAAAGGGAAUUUAUGCUUCUGAGGGUUGGUUCAUGAAGCUGCUGAAAGGAAGCAGACAAUUUGUCACUAAAAACCCAAGAAAAGCCCACCUAUUUUACUUACCUUUCAGUUCUCGAAUGCUAGAGGAGACCUUAUAUGUACCUAAUUCUCACAGCCACAAGAACUUGAUACAGCAUCUGAAGAACUACCUUGACAUAAUUGUGGGAAGAUACAGUUUCUGGAACCGAACUGGUGGAGCUGAUCAUUUUCUUGUUGCUUGCCAUGACUGGGCCCCAUCUGAAACAAAUAAACACAUGGCUAAUUGCAUUAGAGCUCUUUGCAAUGCUGAUAUCAAAGAAGGCUUCAGAUUUGGAAAGGACGUGUCUCUUCCAGAAACAUACGUCCGCUCAGCUCAGAAUCCCCUAAGAGAAAUUGGAGGAAAGCCUCCUUCCCAGCGUCGAAUCCUUGCUUUCUUUGCUGGGAACAUGCACGGUUAUCUCCGUCCUAUUUUGUUAAAGUAUUGGGAAAACAAAGAUCCCGACAUGAAAAUCUUUGGCCAAAUGCGCAAGGUAAAGGGCCAAAUGAGCUAUGUACAACACAUGAAGAGUAGCAGGUACUGUAUAUGUGCAAAAGGUUAUGAAGUCAACAGUCCACGAGUGGUGGAAGCCAUUUUCUACGAGUGUGUGCCGGUGAUUAUUUCUGACAAUUUUGUACCCCCUUUUUUCAAUAUUUUGAACUGGGAAUCCUUUGCUGUUGUUGUCCCUGAGAAGGAUAUUCCAAAUUUGAAAAGUAUACUCCUUUCAAUCCCACAAAAGAGGUAUCUCGAGAUGCAACGGAGAGUAAAGAAAGUACAACAACAUUUUCUCUGGCAUGCUAGGCCUGUGAAGUAUGAUAUCUUUCAUAUGAUACUCCACUCGAUAUGGUACAAUCGAGUUUUCCGAAUAAGACCCAGAUGACAACUGUGCCUUUGAUUACAAAAAGAUUACAGGUGAACUUAUCUUUCUCUGGAAUUAGAUUAAGUGCCCUGUUGUAGAGAACUGAGGAUAUGAAACAUUGCAAGAAUACAUAAAUUCAUUGUUGUAGAGCAAUUUGUUUUUAAGCUUUUGAUUGGGAUUCUCGUAGUUCUUGUAGUGUCAUUAUUUGUUGUUGUACAUAAAUUUAAAGAAAAAUAAAUUAUUCUUUGAUGUGAA